AGAUGGAGUCCCGUCAGAAGAAGGAGAAGCAGAAGAGCGAGCGCAUCCUGAAGACCUUCCAACACCCCCCGCAGCUCAUGGUCAUGUCCCCGGGGGGCACCAAGGAGGACUCCAGUGGCCCCCAGCACUUCUCUGCCACCCCACUGAACUCCUGGCACCACACCAUCAUGUCCAACAGCAGCCGUUACUCCGUCACCAACCUGAGCAGGGAGCGCAUCCACCUUCCCAUGCCCCCACCAUGUGACCCACCACAGGCCCACCAGCUCCCCCACCAUGUGCUCCUACUCCCAGCCCAAGCUGACGGAAGACUCUCCACGCUAGCCCCAAUCUAAACCAUGUUAUGUAAUUUUACAGAGAAAUCACUGGCUUCUACAUACAGUCCAUGUAUUACACAUAUAACCAUACAAUAUACAUUCCUCCAGUAUACAUAACCACGUUUCAGGCCAACUUUAUGAAUCAACUGGGGAAAUUAUAAUACCACACCAUUAUGACAUCCCUGCACCUAAAAUAUCCUAGCAGUUAGAACCAACAAGUCUGAAUCAUAACCACCUCGACUACUCCAGAAUGACUUCCACUCUGUUUGUCUUAGCUCUCCUGAGAACCACCUUGGCCUUUGGGGUACGUGUGAUGUGAUUCUGGUGCAUCUCUCUCAGACUAACUGAUGCCUAUAGAAGUGACUUGUUUAUUUGCCUUCUCAGCCUGUAGGCCCGUGGAGCGAGAGGAAUGGGACGGAGGAUGGAGGUGGGAAGUGCUCCUGUGAGGCCUUCCUGCCCGGCUCCACCUUCCCAGUGGGAGAGCUGGUCCUCCUGGAAGAGAUGGCUAUGCAGAUCAACCACAAGCUGGAGAUGGAAAUGAGCAAGUUUGAGACAUAUGAGAGCAAGCUGACAGUGUAUGCAGAGAGGAUAGUGAACCUGACAGUACUGGUGGAGCUGAUGGAGAAGAACCCUGGCGCGUACAGUGACGCCUACAUGCAGGAGGUGAAGGUGCAGAUCAAACAGUUGGAGGCUCUGGUACAGGAGUUCCUGGGCUCCAUACAAACCUCCACUACCGUCUUUGAGUCUCUGCACCAGCAGAUCUCCUCCAUGGUGGUGGUCGUGACCAUGCUGGAGAGAUACAAUAAGAACCUGGUGUUGGUGAACCAUCGUGAGUACAUCAACAUACAGCUCAAACUGGAGGAGUGUGAGAAGCGCCACAAUGAGAUCUUCAACCCCAACAUCGGGUCCUGUGAGCACGGAGGUAUAACCAGAGUCAGCAAGCCCAUUGUCAGUCAACUGAAUGCCCACUUGAAUGCUGGCUUCAAAUAGGGAGGCUGGGGGAAAUAUUCUAAGCCUGUGCAUGGUUCUGAACCUCAAUAUUGGUACUCUGGGUAUAGUGGUGCCUCAAUUGUUGACAUGAGAUUUUACAGUAGCUACAAAAAUUGCAUUUUGAGAACUCCAUUUAAACACCAAAGCUUGUCAAGUAGCUGGUAUGGAACUGGUAACAACUUCAUUGUUCGUGAUAACACCCUGUAUUAUCAAUUGAACAACCCAUUUAGCAUGGCCAAACUGAAUUUUACUACUAUGAACUAUGAGUACAGGGUCAUUGCAAAGGCUAGCACCAGAUUCUCGUAUAGUCACUCACCCAAUCAGAACCUAGACUUUGCUGCUGAUGAGAAUGGGCUGUGGGUGACCUAUGCUACAGAGGAAUCCAAGGGUAAAAUGAUCAUUGCUAAAAUUCAUGAGCCAUCAUUUGGUAUAGAGGAGUUGUGGGAAACCAGUGUGUACAAACCAUCUGUGAGCAAUGCCUUCAUGGUGUGUGGAGUCUUUUAUGCUGUCAGAACAGUUGACAUUCACUAUGAGGAAAUAUUUUAUACUUAUGACACCAAGAUAAAACCAGAGAGUGUCGUGGAAAUUUCCUCUAUUUACCAAAUCAUGAGAGCAAACCACACACAAGUCAGAGUUAGUUAUCAAAGUCCAUCUUUAAUUAUA